AUGUCACAGUUCCGCGAUGGUUUGGCCACAGUUCAUCAUUCUGCAGGUGAAGAUGGCAGUGGGCAGAGUGCGUCUCGUUCUCAGGAGGACCAAAAACUCCCCAUCCGAGAUCGUUUGCGCAAGUGGGAGGCAGAAAAUCCCGACGAAAGCCACAACAUGAUUACCGAUUUGGCCAAUGCCGGCGAGUUGUCCAACACCUUCACUCGACCGCAGAACGUUACAAUGGCCCAGUUUGAUGUCCAGGCUCCACUAUUCGACGGUGAUGAGCUUAGUGAUUUGCGGUCGGAUGACACCAUGCUUCGGCCUGGAGACUUGGUGGAGAUGGGAUCCGAAGCCGCCCGAAGACCCAUGCUUGCUGUUUGUCUAGGCCGCUUCAACGGUUAUGAGCAUUAUUACACAAGCAGCGGCAAGUGGUUUUCCGGACUGGGUGUUAAUACGUUGUUUGUCGUGAAAAAAUUCGUUGAUCCUUCAGAACUCCAGCCCCUCAUUGCCGAAAUCCCAACUGGCGAUGUGCCCAUGGAGGCUUUGAACGCGCUGCAGGAUCUCGGACAUGGUCCAUCAAGAGCAGUCGGCGCCCCAAUGCUUCGCAAGAUGCUAGAAUUCGAACAGGGUGCCGAAGCUGUAUAUCAGGCUAACGCUGGAACUUUGGAUGCCUCAAGUUCUUUCAUUGGAGACCCGCUAAAGCAUCGAUAUUUAACGCUUCAUGAGAUAGCUGAUCUACUGCUGCCCGCAAUUAUCAAGAAAGACGGGAAAUUUGCUCCAAAUGCCUUGUAUGCUGUCCACAGGGCUCUGCUUCAAGAUGAGAUUUUCUUCCGUCCUCUAAAGCAAACAGGGAAACAAAAAUCUUACUUGUUCGAGGUCAGCCCCCUCUCAGAAGUCCGUAUUGUACAGAGGGUCGAGGUCAUGGUACGUGAAUUCCUGGAAUCGUGCGCAGGUCCCCGAGCGAACCAAAAACAUGAACAAAGCGGCGGAGCCUACUCGCUGUCGAGUUUCUUGAAGAGGGCUCAACUAGCCAUUGACAACAGCCGCAAGGUUCGAAGGUUCUCGCCGCAUGGCGUCGUCGGUCCUUCCAAGUCGCAAGAUAUCUCCCGGCCGACUUGGACCGCCACCGAUCUGGAGAUCCUUCAGUUUCUAGAGUUGUGGGCCAGCUAUCAGAAGUUUCCAAACUAUUCACGGUUCCAUUGCAUAGGAUCUGCAAUCCUCCGGUACUUGGAGAGGUACGAAAGCGAGGUUUUGAACUCGACGACGGGCUGGACCUUCCUUCAAGAAAUUGGUUGGGUAGCCCCCUGGGAAAUCUCGUCUCGAUACAGAAUCCGCUUUCCUGACGUGGAAAUCCAACGGGGGGGUGGUUUUACCCGCCCCUUUUUUGGUAUCCUAGACAGACACAUGAAAACCGACAUUUUCGAGAAUCGACGGAAGCAGUGGGACGGACACACUGCUUUUUGCAUCGAUGCCGAAUCUACCAUGGAUAUCGAUGAUGCCGUCUCAGUUGAACGAACAGACAAUCCUGAAGAAUAUUGGAUCCACGUCCACGUUGCGGAUCCAGCAUCCUCAAUUUCUGCUGCAACCCCAAUUGCGAAGUAUGCCGAGCUGGUCCCAGAGACGAUCUAUCUCCCAGGCCACUAUGACCGCAUGCUCCCCGGCAACAUCAGCCAGGAUCGAUUCUCGCUUGCCCCAGGGAGGCCUUGCUUGACGUUCAGUGCCCUCGUAAAUACGCAGGGCCACGUUUUGAAACACAACAUAGUGCCUGGCACGUUGAAGGAUGUUAUUUACAUUACCGGAGAAGCUGUUAACGACGCGCUUGGGGAAACCCGAGAUGAUCCAAUCGCUUCGGAUCAGCACCUGAAUAUAGGACCCAUUCCCAUGGCAAAACCCCCUUCGAGGAAGAUGACGCGACCUAUCGAUCUCUCUCCCAAGCAACGUGGUGAACUGGCUCUUCUCGCUGAGCUCGGCAGAACAAUCCAGAAUGCGCGCUUCGAUAGAGGUGCUACCCCAUACUUCCAAGCUCGCCCUCAACCAGAAGUCUACUUCGACAACGUGGAACAAUGUACUACAAGUGAUGGAUUCAUCAAUGCUUCCGGAGACCCUUCUAUCCGUAUUACAUUUUCCAAACGUUCUGGUACCGACUUGGUUGAGAAUGUCAUGAAGCUCGCUGGUGAAAUCGCCGCGCAGUGGUGCAAUGAUCGUGGCAUCCCCAUUCCAUACCGCACGCAACCACACGCAGCCCAGAACGCCGCCCUCAUCCAGCAGUACACGCGGGAUGUUUUCCGCCCUUUCCUUGAAGGGGGCGCUCGUCCCGAAGACCACCAUUGGCGCCACCUCCGCGCCCUUCUUGGCGGCGAUGAGAUUUCGACUUCACCCGGUCCGCAUUUCACGAUUGGCGCAGACAUGUAUACCAAAGCCACCUCGCCUCUCCGUCGUUUCUCAGACCUCCUUGUGCACUGGCAGAUCGAGGCUGCCAUGCUCGAAGAACAGAGGCUUGGCCGUUCACUUGUUGGAAAUAAGGACGACUCUUUUCUACCAUUCACACGCGAGCGUAUGGAUCGCAUGCUGCCCAUGCUUCGCGUCCGCGAGAAACAAGCCCGCGCGCUCGCUAACGGCGACGGCGCUGACCAGUGGAUUUUGCAGGCCCUGGUUCGGGCUUGGCGUUUCAAGGAAGCCAAGCUCCCAUCAACAUACAGGUUCACCGUUGCCCACGUUACUGGACGAAGCAGCGUCCUUGGUCGGCUGAACUGGUUCGACAGACGCGCCAUCUUGAAGGUCGAGCAUAUGAACAACGUGUCCAAGAUGACUGAUGUGCGUCUUGGUGAUGUCUUUGAGGUCAAACUGCAGGAUGUCAAUGUUCAUGCCAACCAGAUUUCGGUCGAGGCAGUAAGAAUACUCCAGAGGGUCGGCGUCACUGAUGCUGCCGCCAUCGAUGCAGCUACCAAACAACCGCAUUUGGCAGCUUGA